CAGCCAAAAUGGUCCGGGGCUGAAGUGCUUUAAUGUGACGUGUCCCCCAUGUGAAUGUAGAAUCCCAGUGUAAAUGUGGAAUAUCCACCAAUAUAGUACUUGUAUCUCUAAUAUAUCCCAGAAGUCUCAGCACUGAAGGCUGUAAAUGUAUAUCCACCCCUCCCCCCUACAUUCUCUAUAAGGGAUCCUAUUCCUGCCACAAUCCGGUGAUCUUCAAUGGGAACUCCUGAUUUGUGGACUUUAGGAAGGUGAUGGAAUAUUGGGGUCACUGGGGUAUCCACUAUCAGAAAUUAUGCUGUUUUAUUUCAUAAACCCCCCCCAGAUCCUUUCCUUUAUCUAUCAAUUUCAGAAGCCCCUGUAUGAGGCACUGUGUGAGGUCCUGCUUAAUAACCGGGUACAUAAGGGGGUGACUGAGCUGUCACAGCGCCCCCUCUUUAUACUGUGUAGACAUAAGUACUACAACAGCUUCACCUUUAUCAUCUUCCCUAAUAAGAAGAUCUUUCCUCUGUAUAACAUUCUGUAUAUCCUGAUAUUCCGCUCUAGUGAUGUUAUGUUACUUUUCACUAAAUGGGAAUAAUUCCUCAUAUUCAUCUUAUAAUAUAAUCUCAUGUGUCUGGAUUUGUCUCUGCAGGUUGUAUGAUUGUGGUGUGACUUCCUCCGCCUGGGAUGAUCUCCAAUCCAUUCUUAUCAAUAAUCGAUCCCUCACCACUCUGGAUUUAUCACGGAAUAAUCUGGAAGACUCUGGAAUAAAACUUCUAUGUGAGGGGCUCGGAGAUCCUGGCUGUACUCUGCAGACACUGAAGUUGUAUGAUUGUGGUGUGACUUCCUCCGGCUGUGAUGAUCUCCGAUCCAUUCUUAUCAAUAAUCGAUCCCUCGCCAGACUGGAAUUAUCAGGGAAUAAUCUGGAAGACUCUGGAAUAAAACUUCUAUGUGAGGGGCUCGGAGAUCCUGGCUGUACUCUGCAGACACUGAAGUUGUAUAAAUGUGGUGUGACUUCCUCCGCCUGUGAUGAUCUCCGAUCCAUUCUUAUCAAUAAUCGAUCCCUCACCACACUGUAUUUAUCACGGAAUAAUCUGGAAGACUCUGGAAUAAAACUUCUAUGUGAGGGGCUCAGAGAUCCUGGCUGUACUCUGCAGAGGCUGUGGAUUGGUGACUGUAAAGGGACAUUGCGGAGCUGUGAUGAUCUUUCCUCCGUUAUCUCCACAAACCGAACUCUGACCUCUCUGGAGAUAAGAUUGGAUGAUGAUGAGAAGAUGUCGGAGUCAGAAGUGGGACGUUGUUGUAAGGUCCUCCGGAAUGUCGGCUUCUCUGUGAGGAGAGACUGGGAUGGAAGAGGCUGGCAAGUAUCUAUAGACAGAAGAAGAUAAGAAGAUGGUGUGUGGGCGCUCCUCCCCCUCUCAGACGGCCAGAGAUUUGUCUGGUGAUUGUGUCCCGGUGUUGGGUCUGCUGGUCCUCUUCCAUGUAUAGAGGAUGUACUCACCGACACCUUUCUCUGCAAUCCUCUAAAGGAAAGUCUUCUACUCUUCAUGGAUAUAAUGGUCGCCUCCCAUUGUGAAUUCCCUCUUCUCCCCUCUGUAGGAUUCCGCACUUUCCAAUAUUAUCAAUACUUACUAUGAUGAUAAUGAGGAUCCGACUCAUAAGGACUCAUUCAUGGCGGGAAAAAUAAAUUUUUUAAAGUUUCUCAUCAAUAAAAGCUGACUGGAACAAUCACUAUUACCGCCACAGAGACCGCAUCUUUCUCUUACUGCUGUCCUAAAACUCUCCAUUCUCCUCUUUAUCCUCCAUAAUCCACUCCAUCCUUCAUAAUCCUCUCCAUCCCCCAUACUACUCUCCAUCCUUCAUACUACUCUCCAUCCCCCAUACUACUCUCCAUCCUUCAUACUACUCUCCGUCCUUCAUACUACUCGCUCCUCUCCAUCCUAUGCUACAUCCCCCAUACUACUCUACAUAGUGCCAGGGAGGUCUCCUUAGUACGCCUGUAAAGUGGCACAUUUGUACCCUGUAUAGAACCUGCUGUAGCAAAGCAUUUAUAAAAAAAAAUUUAAAUAAUUUCCCUGCAAGCUUUCUUAAGUAAACAACAGCCAGUUUGUAUGACGAGGCCACAAUAUAGUGCACUGGCAACAGGAUUAGAGAUUUUUGGAUAAGUUCUGGUCUCUUACUCUCCAUCCUCUAAACUACCCUCCAUCCUCCACACUACUCUCCAUCCUUCAUACUACUCGCCAUCCUCUCCCUGUACUCUCUUUUUCCUGCACUCUAGCUGCCCUUUCUCCUCUCCCUGUGCUCUCUAUUCUCUCCUCUCCCUUCAUUGCAUUUUCUCUUUUUCCAGCACUCCCUCCUCUCCUUGGAUGUAAUAAAGUGUUUUGGCUCUAUCCAACAUAUACAGCAUUACCGGCGCCCAGUGCCUCUCUGCUUGCUGCAUCUCUCUGCAAUCGCUUUCUCCAUGUUGCUGACAUUAUCUCAUUGUGCCGAGUCUGUCCAGCCGCUUUACCUUUCACUGCCUACUUGCUGCUAUUUUUAUUACCAUUAUUUAUCUAUAGGUUGUUCUGAUUACAUUUUAUGUCUGGUAUAUUGUAUAUGAGGAUCAUGUAUUAUUCCCCGGAGGUUUUCAUGUCAUGAAUCAUUACCCAAAGGGACUUGAUUAUCCAAAUUGAUUAUUGGGCUACGAAUAUUGUUACCUAGUUAUUGGAAGGUGUUAUUCUCUAUAGAUUUACCCCACUGAGGUUUUUUACUCAUCAAUAAAGUUUUGUAUAUUGUUUUAACCUUA